CGAAAAUAGAUUGAUUCAGACAGGUUAGGAUUUGAAUGAACAGAACCCAGAGGCCUUUCUCUUGUCUCGGAUGCUGGUCCCCAAAGUUCACGACAUUCUCUCUGCGUCUCGGGAGGGGGUGUGACUCGCAGAGCAGGGCAGCUGCUCCGCAGCCGACAACCCCCCUCUUCUUACCCCUUCACCCGCACGCCCCAGCCCCCCUCUGUCUCGGCAGUCCCAAUUGCCAUUCCAACGAACACUCCUUGAGGAGCAACAGCUACAUCGGAGUCAGCGAAGUGGAUUACUGAGUUUUUCGAAGAAAAAAAAGAGGAAGAUUUGCAGUAUUUUUGGAGCAAUGUGCGAGUGUAUAGAUGCGCUUUUGGACUACAAUUUGGCAUCGAUAAAGCGCGAGAAAGGCGGAGAGAAAGCGCAUUGUAAUGCUCCAUAGCGUUGCUGUUUCUCCGUGGAUUUGGCCGAUGAUUUGACUGAAUAACAAAAAUGACUACUUUCGGCGAUUGGAUGUAGGCUAGUGGAAUGGGAUGGUUUUUAUUUGUUGUAUUAAUUCAAGACAUGAGAAUAAAGAGAUUUGUAAAAGGUUCUACGUCUCGGGUGGUUUAGGUACUGUGUAUUGUGUGGCACCAUCUGAAGGGUCCAGGCAAAUCGUUUAUUAAUGUUGCAAGAUCCUAGUUUAUGACAAUGGAUUACUUGCUGUGGAUAUGCAGCUUUGUGCUUCCCGUGGUAUUAGCUGUUGAAGAAACACUAAUGGACAGCAAGUGGGCGACCACAGAACUGGCCUGGACCACAUUUCCGGAGAGUGGGUGGGAGGAGGUGAGCGGCUACGACGAUUCAAUGAGCCCUAUCAGGACAUACCAGGUGUGCAAUGUGCGCGAACCCAACCAGAACAAUUGGCUGAGGACGGACUUCAUCCCCCGUAAGGGCGUGCUGCGCGUCUACGUGGAGCUCAAGUUCUCCGUCCGUGACUGUGCCAGUAUUCCCAACAUCCCCGGCUCCUGCAAGGAGACCUUUAACCUCUUCUACUACGAGUCUGAUGGCGAUACCGCUACGGAAAGUAGUCCCUUGUGGAGGGAGACCCCUUAUGUCAAAGUUGACACCAUUGCCCCUGAUGAGAGUUUUUCCUUGCUCGAGGCAGGCAGGAUCAACACCAAAGUGAGAAGCUUUGGCCCUAUUUCCAAGGCCGGAUUCUACCUGGCCUUUCAGGACCUGGGGGCUUGUAUGUCCUUGAUAUCCGUGCGGGUUUUCUUCAAGAAGUGCUCGACGACCAUCGCAAACUUCGCCGUCUUCCCCGAGACGGCCACAGGGGCCGAGGCCACCUCCUUGGUCAUCGCCCCGGGGGCGUGUGUGUCUAACGCGCAGGAGUUGUCCGUCCCUCUUAAGCUAUACUGCAACGGGGAUGGGGAGUGGAUGGUUCCCGUGGGGUCUUGUACCUGCAUGCCGGGGUUUGAGCCUGCUAUGGCUGACACACAGUGCCAGGCGUGCGCCCCUGGGUCAUUCAAGUACAAGCAGGGGGAGGGCUCGUGUUACCCCUGCCCCCCCAACAGUCGCACAAGCUCCAGGGGUGCCAGCAUCUGCCUAUGCCAGAAUGGCUUCUACCGUGCCGACAGUGACCCUCCGGACUCAGCCUGCACCACCGUGCCCUCGCCACCUCAGAACGUCAUCUCCACGGUGAACGAGACCUCGAUCGCCCUGGAGUGGGAGGAGCCGCUGGACGUCGGCGGGCGGGACGACGUCAUCUACAACGUGGUGUGUAAGAAGUGUCAGCGCGACCAGAGCCCGUGCUCGCGCUGCGACGACAACAUGGACAUGUCGCCGCGCCGACUCGGCCUGACCCAGAAGAAGGUGGUGGUGAGGAACCUGCAGGCGCACACCCGCUACAGCUUUGAGGUCCAGGCGGUCAACGGCGUCUCUGGGAAGAGCCCCGGCGCACCUCGAUACGCCACCGUCAACAUCACCACCAACCAGGCCGCACCGUCAGCAAUACCCACAGUGCACCUGAUGAGGUCAACGUCAGACACCCUCAGCCUGUCCUGGCUUCCCCCAGAGAAACCCAACGGGGUCAUCCUGGAUUACGAGAUAAAGUACUACGAAAGGGGCCAGGCCAUGUCACACACGGUGACGGCCCAGCACAGCUCAACCCGUGUGGAGGGACUGAGGGCUGCCACUCCCUACGUUGUCCAGGUCCGGGCUCGCACUGUGGCUGGCUACGGACACUACAGUAUCCCUAUGGACUUCAGCACCUCCAUACACAGUGACCCUCAGAAAUCGGUGCAGGACCAGCUGCCGCUCAUCGUGGGCUCGGCGUCGGCCGGUCUAGUGGUCAUUGUUGCCAUUGUGGUCAUGGCCAUAGUUUGCUCUAGGAAGCAACACAGCGGUUCGGAGCUGGAGUACACAGAGAAGCUGCAGCAGUACGUUUCCCCGGGGGUGAAAGUAUACAUUGACCCGUUCACUUAUGAGGACCCCAACGAGGCCAUCCACGAGUUUGCCAAGGAGAUAGACAUCUCGUGCGUGAAGAUCGAGGAGGUCAUUGGUGCAGGUGAGUUCGGGGAGGUGUGCCGCGGGCGCCUGAAGCAGGCCAGCCGCCGUGAGGGGGUGGUGGCCAUCAAAACACUGAAGGCGGGUUACACAGAGCGCCAGAGGCGGGAUUUCCUGGGGGAAGCGUCAAUCAUGGGCCAGUUCGACCACCCCAAUGUGAUCCGGCUGGAGGGCGUGCUGACCCGCAGCUGCCCCGUGCUCAUCAUCACCGAGUUCAUGGAGAACGGAGCGUUGGACUCCUUCCUCAGGCUGAAUGAUGGGCGCUUCACGGUGACCCAGCUGGUGGGCAUGCUGCGUGGCAUCGCGUCUGGCAUGAAGUACCUCUCGGACAUGAACUACGUCCACCGGGACCUCGCCGCCCGCAACAUCCUGGUCAACAGCAACCUGGUGUGUAAGGUGUCCGACUUCGGUCUGUCCCGUUUCCUGGACGACUCAUCAGUCGAUCCUACCUACACCAGCUCUCUGGGAGGUAAGAUUCCCAUCCGCUGGACCGCCCCCGAGGCCAUCGCCUUCAGGAAGUUCACCUCGGCCAGUGACGCGUGGAGUUACGGAAUCGUCAUGUGGGAGGUGGUAUCCUACGGAGAAAGGCCCUACUGGGACAUGAGCAACCAGGAUGUGAUGACUGCUGUGGAGCAGGACUACCGCUUGCCCCCUCCCAUGGACUGCCCCAUGGUGCUGCACCAGCUCAUGCUGGAGUGCUGGGUAAAGGAGAGGAACCUGAGGCCAAAGUUCUGCCAAAUCGUCAGCACCCUGGACAAGCUUCUCCGCAACGCCGCCACCCUCAAGGUGGUCACCAGCACAUACUCGGGGGAUCUUUUGCGGAUCGGGGGGACACUGCCUGGCCACCACAGGAAGAGUCUAGACAGCAGUCAGAAUGAUAUAGUUCGACAACAGAUGAGCACGACUCUCCCCAUCAGGGUCUAAGGUUUGGGUCUGGACCAACAAACCAACAAAACAACCAAACCAGAGACAGCAUGGGAAACUGGACCCACUAGAAACUACCUAGGAACUCUACUUGCAGAGCCCAAUGGAUGAAUGAAUGACCCUACCUAGACAAAACAAACCUUGUCUACUGUAACUAGACAAAACAUUGUCCACAGUAGACAAAAACGUCUACUCUACCUAGACGAAACUAACAUGGAAAAGGAAGUAUCGACUUUGGACAGCUUCAGUAGGGCACCAUAGAAAAUAGACUUGAGAAGCUUGUGGAUAACCCAUCAUUGAUGUUGAAUUUGUGAACCGUCCAUUGACAGAAAGCCAAACUCCCCCUCAGGUUGUGUUUGCAUGUCUGCAUGUGCUUUCUGGGAUGUGUUCUUUUCCCAAAAUGAUUUCCAUGCCUCCUCUGCCAUUAUCGUUGACUUUGACCAUGGAUGGGAAUGGGAAUGGGAAUGGGAAUGGGCAUGGAUACUGUGGACUUCGACGUCUGGAAAGGAACGAGGGCAAUGGUGAUGCAAAAAAGGCUUGUUCACACAUGGGACUUUAAGGAUGGGUUCUAUGGAUUCUAAAUGAAUGUGGGCACCUGAAAGAUUGUAUCCCAGUGCCCAUUGCCAGAGAAGCUGAUUUUAGACGUCUAUAACAAUUGCUGUUUUUUUUUUAAAUCUGGUUUCAUCCACUUUCUUUUAAAUGUGGUCUUCCAUGUUACUGGGAGGUUUUGGUUUCAUGGUGCUGUAUGUGUUGUUGUGUGUCCUCAUCACCUACUCUGGAUAAAGUAGGUGACUGAGAAGGAUUGGUCUGACUGUACAGGACACACCGUCGUGUGCAAUGCCAUGCCAAAGUGGAACUGUUGUGGAUGAACACCAUGGAAACAAGAGACGACGGUUCCGCAUCUCUGUUACUCUACAGACAUAUGCCAUAUUUUCAUACUCUUAUUUUAUUCAACUAUGCCUUGUUUUGGAUGCUAAGUUAUUACUUAUUGUUGAAAAAUAUAUAUAUAUAAUAUUCACACAUUAAACUCAAUACACGAAACAGUGAAUUUAAUGAUUAAACAAGAAUCAAAUAUUUUACCGAGGCUGUUGCUCGUAGGAAAGGGUUAAUUGUGAACAAUAGCUAUUUCUAGUCACCAGUUCUGGCUCACAUUUUCAACGUGUCAGUACAGUUGUCAAUUCCAUUAUUCUGGACUAGCUGCUGAUAUCUUAGCCUGGGGCUCCAGUCCCUUUGUGCCUCAACCAACUCCUCUCUGUGUUCAUCCAUUGUCAUGCCUAACAUGUUUGUCCUGACAACGGUAGUCAGGGGAGUUGGCUAAAGCACAUACAGUACGGAACCAGACUGUUGCUGUGUCAGAUCUAUUCUUUAGUCAAAUGUGUCAAGGAUCAAUGCAAAUGAAAAAGGUCACCAAUUGAGAUAAUAACUAUGUGACCGUAACAUCAACCUGACCCACAAAAUGUUAAUGCAGUUUGAAUUAUUCAGUUAAUUACUCUUGUUUUUUAGUUUUUUUUUUAAGUACGACCAGCUGUCAGCAUCAAUCUCUCACAUUAACACUGCCACUGUGCUACAGUUAUUAUAUGAUCCCCAUCCGUACUACACCAAUCCGCUCAGAGUUCAUCUUCAUUUCACCCUCUGGCCUCCGUGUGAACCCUUGUUUGGAUUUUGGUUGCUGGUGAGAGGCAACAUCAAAAGGAAAAUGACUGUUUAAAGGGGCCAUGUACCAGGGAAAAAAAGAAAAUCUAUGUGAAAGAAGAAAAAUACGAAAAUGUAUGUCCGUCAGUGCAGACUUCUUUCUGUAAGAGUAAGAUGUAUGGAAUUGUAAAAAAAAAAAAAAAAAAAAUGAACAAAAUACACAUUUCUCUUUGAGUAUUUUUACGAUAAUCAUAUGCAAAUAAAUUAUUAAAG